AUGAUGUGUUCCAUGAAGGCGCUGAAGAACGUCUUGCAUUACGAGAACGCUACUGCUCGGACACUUUUCCCGGCCCAACGGUGUCCGCUUUUGGCGCUCAUUCGAUGCGUGUCAUCUUCAGUUCGGACUCGACCGGUACUGGGAACGGCUUCAAGGCCCUCUACGAGAUUCGGCCGGCUGCUAAAGAGGACAUUCCCACACACGAAACGAAAGAACCAAAAGGUGAAGGAGCGUAUCGAUGUGGACGACGGAUUAGAGCCAGUGCUACAACUCCUACUGGUUAUGUAA